AUGGAUGGAUCCUAUCCUGGAGGACCACAACUAUUGCAGUCUAACUAUACAGAUCAGCAGUGCCAUGGAGAUGACCCAGAUGGACACUUUAUCACCAUCCUCGACCUUUGUUAUUCCAGAGGGGAAGAUCCCCACGAUGUGGAGUACAUCUGGAGAGCUAUUUCAGACCUGGUGAAGGUCAUGGAAUACAACAGCAGUCUCAAUAGAUUGACUGGUUACACACCCAUUGGGAUACAUAAGGCUGAGCAAUUAAACGCCGAUCCCGUGGUCCUAGCAUCGUUUCAAACUCCACUUCAUUUCUUCUGCAAACAUUAUGGUGCCGUCGCCUACGAGGCUGGAGUAAACAACACAGUUGAGCCCUCCGUUCAUCUGUCCAUGACGCCCCACGGUGACAGACACCCCUCCAUGUUGACGUGCAGCGCCUACAAGUACUACCCAAAACAGAUCAGGGUGACCUGGUUGAGGAAUGGACAGGAAGUGCCCUCAAACAUGACUUCCUCUGAGGUGCUAGCCAAUGGCGACUGGCACUAUCAGAUCCACUCCUACCUGGAGUACACUCCCACGCCUGGAGAGAAGAUCUCCUGCAUGGUGGAGCAUGCCAGCUUCACUGAACCAAAGAUCCUCCACUGUGGGCUUGUGAAUGAGACCUAA